GAUCGCGACAACAUGAUCCAUCGUGGCCGAGUCCUCUGGGCAUUGCUGAUUGCAUUAUUGAUAUACCCAAAUGACAAUUUAGGUGGGGCAUUUCAACCGGAAUUUGUGGCCCCGAUCGCCAAUCUCACGGUUCCUCUUGGACGAGACGCUCUCUUUACAUGUCUUGUGGAGCAUCUGGGCGGUUAUCGAGUUGGCUGGGUAAAAGCAGACACAAAAGCGAUCCAAGCAAUUCACGAUCACGUGAUAACUCACAACCCGCGGGUCCAGGUCUCACAUAGCGACCACUCAACGUGGAAUCUACAUAUCCGCGGAGUUCAAUUGGAGGACGCGGGUCUCUAUAUGUGCCAAAUAAAUACUGAUCCAAUGAAGUUCCAGACUGGGAUGCUUUCCAUCGAGGUACCACCGGACUUUGUGACUAAUGAGACAUCGGGGGACGUGAUGGUUAGUGAAGGUAGUCAGGUGAAGCUGACGUGCCGAGCAAAAGGCGUGCCUCAACCUCGCGUCAAUUGGAAACGUGAGGAUGGCAAGAAUAUUGUUAUUCGUGAGCCAGUGGUUGCUUCCAAUGGUCAAAAGUCUAAAGUCUCAUCAGUGAGUGAGUAUCAUGGUGAGGAAUUACGACUCACAAAGAUAUCACGGCAUGACAUGGGGGCAUAUCUGUGUAUUGCGAGUAACGGAGUGCCACCGGCCAUCAGCAAGCGCAUCACGAUCAACGUUCAUUUUCCGCCGGUAAUUCAUGUACCCAAUCAAUUAGUAGGAGCACCACUGGGUACUGAUGUUGCGCUGGAAUGUUUUGUUGAAGCUUCCCCUAAGUCUAUUAAUUAUUGGAUGAAAGACGAUGAUGAAAUGAUAAUAUCUGGAACACGACACGAGGUUCAGGCUAUAUCCAAAUCAGCAUUUCAAGUUAAAAUGGUACUUACUAUUCGACAUCUUCAGAAACAGGAUUUUGGAUCCUACAAAUGUGCGGCUAAAAAUUCACGCGGUGAUGUUGACUUUAGUAUUCGUCUAUACGAAAUAUCAGGGCCAUCAAGAUCAGGUGUCCCACCGCCGACGUAUUACGACGAAGAAGAAGACAUAGACGGGGUAGUUUACGGAUCAGCGGAUAUCGAAAAGUUGGAAAACAAAGCAUACGCAGUAGACAAUACCGUGCAAGGGCACAUGGGAAUUUUCAACGGAGUUUCAAGUCCAUCUCCAACAAUAAGAGUGAACCGAAGACGUCCCAUAACCGGUACCGGUUCAUCUCCAGGCAAUCGUCUCUCCUCCGUAUCAUCCAAUUCUUACCACCGGCCACAAUUUUGCCUGGUAAUUUUAUUUAUCACGAAAUGCUUCCUAUGAUUAAUUACCUCUGAUUCAUCCGACAGAACUAACUCAUGUGGCUCUAUGUUAAUAAACUUAUAACAAAAAAUGUAUAAGCUUGAAAAUAAAACUAAUGUAACAGCAUCGUUGCUAAAUUGUGGAGGGUCUAGACACAGCGGACAUAUCGUUAUAGUGAAAUUGUUUUUUCCGGCUAAAAAAUAAUAUUUACUAUUUGUUAUUGUCUUGAAGAGACACUUUAA